GAGCGGCUGCCGCCGCCGCCGGCCAACCCGCAGGAGCUGGCCAACCCGCCGCUGCCCUCCGAGGACAAGAUGGUCUGGCCCGCCUGGGUCUACUGCACGCGCUACUCAGACCGGCCGUCGUCAGGGCCCCGGUCGCGGCGCACCAAGAAGCCCAAGUCGAGUGAGGAGAAGCGGCCGCGCACCGCCUUCACCUCCGAGCAGCUGGACCUGCUGAAGCGCGAGUUCGACGAGAACCGCUACCUCUCGGAGAAGCGGCGCCAGGACCUGGCGCGCCAGCUCGGCCUCAACGAGUCGCAGAUCAAGAUCUGGUUCCAGAACAAGCGCGCCAAGAUCAAGAAGAGCUCUGGCCAGAAACCGGUGCUGGCCCGGCGCCUCAUGGCCCAGGGCUGUGGGCAAAGCGUUCUGGGCUGGCAGCCGACAAACCAAAGACGCCCCUAUCUGUGAUACAGCCGUGUGCUGGCGCCCGGGCGCCGACGAACCGCUCCCGAGGGGGCGCCGC